AUACUACYAAUAAACCAGUCUGUGUGAAAAGUGUACUGCUAAAGUUUAUCUUGGCUAAAACAUUGAACAAUAUUAUAAACUAAGCAGUGUUCCCUACCAUUAUACAGGCGGGGCGCAUCUUUUUAAAAAUAUCGUACAGUUUAGAGGUAUAAUCCCCAGAAUUUAACAAAAAUAUAUUUAUUAUAGRUCCUGGUAAAGGUUUGAGAAUAUUAUACAGGCUGACUGUAAUUUAUCUGUUUCAAAUAUUUGUGUGUAAACUAACUAAAUGUUCAGUCUGUGACGCUUCUGUUAAACAGGUAUGUUUUAAAAAGCCUUACAUAUAUGUAUAUAAAUGUAAUAUAUAUAAAUAUAUUACAUUUAUAUAUCAGUCGUUAUUGGUCUCAGGUCUGAAGCUAAGCUUGUUUCACUCAGUCAGUCUGAAACAUGUCAGCUAACACUCAGACAGAAACACUUUGAAAAGUUACCCAGUAAGAUAAAAACAUACAUACUCAUGUCUUCAAGCGGUUUCCAUUUUAAUAUCCAGUUAUUGUUGUUUGUUCUUCCAGCCGCAGCUUUCUCUCUGCUUGUUAUGCUAGCAGCUGCAUGACGAAAGUCAUGUGAUCAAAUCAGCUGAUUCUCCGCCGCUGAUUGGUCAAAGGUCAGAAGUGGGCGUUCCGGUUUGUACUGUUGCCUUCAAAGGUCUCCAUGGCAACGAGCUGGAGGCGGAGGCUGCGCAGUUGGUACCCGCUCCAAAGCUGCACACUGCAUCAGGGCCCGAGUGGAAUGGAGGAACAGGACAAGAAAGAAAAUGAGGAGUAUAAGGGAGACAUUAAAGGAGGCAUGAGGCCUUCAAUGAAACUGGUUAUCAUGGGGAUCGUCAACAAGAAGCCCAAGAG